AUGAAAAGCGAAUAAGUAUUAAACUUGUUUUGUUGCGAGAAAAAACAAAUGAAUACUCUACAAAACUGUUACAACACAGCCAGGAUUGGAACAAAUAAUAGAAAAACCUCAAUUCAGUUAAAAGACCUAAGUGGUGGAAAAAAGGACUCUAUUUUAAUAUAAAAAAAAUAAGUGGCUAAACCGAAGGCUAUUUUGUAAACUUGUCAAAGUUCUAAGACAUUAACCAACUAAAAAAGUGAUGAACAUUUAAAAAUAAAGUAAUCAGGAGUUUAAAGAAAAUCGGUCAAAGAAAUUGAUGGUUAAUAAAAUCUCAAAUAAGGGGAUACUUACAAGUCAAUAUCACCCAAGGUGGUAAUAAACAACGAUAAAAUCAAUGUUUAUUUUGUGAAAGAAGUCUCUAAAUACCAUAUAAAUACAGAAACAAAAUCACCAAAAGAAGAAACAAUAAGCACCGAAAACACAUUAAUUUUAUAAGAAAUUUAAUAAUAAAGAGUCUACCUAAAGACAACCUAAUAAUAAACAACAGCACCUGGCAACAACUAAAUUUUCUCUAACAUACCAAAAAGUAUGUUAAGUAAUCAUAAAAGCUUUAUAAAUUAAUCAACCAAAAAACUUUAGGACAACAAAAUUCAUAAAUGA